UAUAUACCAUUUCACUAUUUCAAUGUAAACUAUGAGGCAAAUUUGGUCUCGCGACAUUUUGCAAUUUUUUUGCAAUCACAAAUACACUUAACAUUUUCUCGUGUUUCCUCUAUUUGCUAUGGAUUUGGGCUAUCAUAGGACGCCUGUUGAGCCAGGAGAAUUGCUAGAAAUAUCUGAAUCAGCAGAUCCGAUUUUUCAUUCUGAAUUACCCUUUUUUCCUGCUUCCUCUGACCCGUUGUUUGAUAGUUCUGUCAGUGAACUACUCAAUGAUGGACACUCGAGUUACAAGUACUCCCCUGAUGGGUUUAUUAGAUUCCAUUCUUUGAAACUAUGCACCUCAAAUGCUAAACAGAUGUCCAAAUACUUCCAGGUGGUUUUUGGAUUUAAAGAAAUUGCGUAUAAAGGGUUGGAAAAUGAUUCGAGGCUAGUUGGAUCCCACGUAAUCAGAAAUGGUGGAGUCGUAUUGGAGCUUGUGAACACAAUCGAAACUGUGGAGGACGAAAAUAUCCUCAAAUUUCCUUAUUUUGAAAAGGACUUGGAGAGAUUAAAUCAAAUCAAUAAUAAUCAAUACGCAAACGAGUAUAAAGUCACUACUGAUGAUUUGGUUUUUGACUUCGUUAAUUCCAAGAUCAAUGGUCUCUCUAAAAGCUCAGUGAAUAACUCUCUGCAUUUUGGUAGAAAGAUUUCCAUGAAGGUCUUGAGCUCAAGGGCGUUCAAGAAUUCAAUUAAUGAAUAUAACAAACUAAUAUUGGAAACCAUAAACAAUUCCGAAACAGUCUACAACGACAUCAUGGAAUGCACCUUAAUUCAGAAGUUUUUGAAAACUCAUGGAGAAGGAGUGAUGGAUAUUGCUUUCUUGGUUGAAGAUGUAGAAUACUCAUUUCAAAAAGCAAUCAAAUCGGGUGCUGGAAUCACCAGAGCCCCCCGACUACUUGCAGAUGAAAUGGGAGCAGUCAAGAUAGCUACCAUCAGUGUUCCAAAUACAGAUAUUCUUCACACAUUGAUUCAAAAUAUAGAUUACAAGGGACCCUAUCUUCCUGGAUAUUCAAAAGGUGGAACUUCGGAUCCAUUGUUUGCAAUUUACUUAAAAAUGUUGCCGCCUAUCAAACUUCAAAAUAUUGAUCACUGCGUUGAAAACUAUUCAUGGAAUCAAAUGAUGGAGCAAGCUUGUUUUUAUGCUAGAAUGUUUGGCUUUAGAAAGUAUUGGUCCGUGGAUGAACAAGAUGUAAGUACAGGCAAUUCUGCAUUGAGAUCUAUAGUCAUGGCCUCUGCAAAUGGAAAAAUUAAGAUGCCAAUUAAUGAACCAGCCGAAGGGAAGAUGAGAGGGCAAAUUGAAGAGUUUCAUGAUUUCAAUGGUGGGCCUGGUAUUCAGCAUUUUGCAUUAAAAACCAAUGAUAUCGUAGGUACAGUUUCUGGCUUACUCACUCGUGGAAUUGAAUUUAAUAGUACUUCUAGUUCCUUUUACGAAUCCCUUAGACUGCGCUUAAGAAAAGACGAUAUCAUACUUUUUGAAGAUUUAGAUGUUCUUGAAAGGCUCAAUAUAUUAGUGGAUUAUGAUACGAAUACUAGGAACAAGAAGACCAAGAGAUGUAACUACAUAUUACAAAUCUUUACUAAACCUCUUCAUGAUCGUCCCACCCUCUUUAUAGAAAUUAUUCAGAGGAGACAUCAUAAUGGUUUUGGAAAAGGAACUUUCAAGGGGCUUUUUGAAUCAAUCGAAGAACAGCAAAUGCUUCGCGGAACUCUUGUACCUUCUGAUUGAGAAUUAUUCUAUACAUAUGUUGGAUAUUAUCUCUGAUUUUGCUAGCAUUGUAUCU